UUGGGGCAGACGACAAGGCAGCAAGGCGUAGUAGGGCUUUUCGCUCCCGCAGCAAACCCUAAAUGUUGGCGGCUCGCCGUCUCUCCGCCGCCACGCCCCUCCUCCUCCGCCGCCUCUCCUCGCAGCCCGCGGCGGCGGGCCCGGGGGAGUGGGUCCGUCGCGCGGGGGCGCUCUCUCUGCUGGGCCUCACCGGCGCCGUCGCCGCCAGCGCCGUCAGCGACCUCUCCGUCUUCCUCUCUUGCUCCAGCAAGGCGAUAGAGAGGGCCUCCCAGAACCAGCAAAUAGCAAAUGCCAUUGGCACGCCGAUCGUGCGGGGCCCCUGGUACAGCGCUUCCAUUGCCGUGAACCAGGCGAGGCAUUCUGUGUCCUGCACUUUCCCUGUGUCAGCCCCCCAAGGAAAUGGGCUUCUUAAAUUCAAGGCUGUUCGCUUGGGAGAUCGGUCUUGGUUUUCUUUUCUGCAGCAGAGUAACUGGGAAAUACUCCUAAUGGAUGCUAUCCUCGAUAUUCCUACUGACGAUGGGAAACAUCAAACAAUAAGGGUGACAAUUCCAGACAAUACAGCACCUAAACCGCCGGUAGAUUGCAAGGCAUGCAAGUCCCAGCCAACACCUACACCACCUCCGCAACCUCCAUCACCUCCACAGAAGUGAAUUCAUCUGGAGCUUUUCUUUCUAGCCUGGAAAUAGCUACCAUGGAGUAAUUUUUUACCCUAUCCCGCAUCAAUCGGAAAGAAAUAAGUACUGCAGUUGGACCGAGAGAACAUCAGAUUCUUUGCUUUUGUGUUCGCAAUGAUACAGCAUAGAAUAGGAUACAUGAUUGUUCCCCACGCAGCAAUACUACUUUAAGAGGUAGGUCCAUCAGUCAUUAACGUUUAUGACGUGCUAACUAGCGAGUCAGCAUUUUGACUUAAAAUUCAAGUUUUAUCCUUUUUCUUUUUCUUUUUUGGUUUAUACUUCAUGACACUCUAAUCGCUAAUUGGUUAAGUUGGUACUUGCUAGUUCACAAGCCUGCCGGUUGGCAUUUGGCAAUACAUGCUUCAUACUGAUAUGUGAUAAUGUGUAGCGGUUUGAGUGGGAAUGUAUUAUGAUACUAGCUAAAUAACUGUGCUUUGCUACUGAGAAA